AUGUUCACGUUCACGCCCCUUCUGGGGGCACAGUUCUCGUCAUCAAAAGCGUCGCAAUCCAUUCUUGAGCUUGAAGGAGGAAUCAAAAUUCUUGUUGAUGUGGGAUGGGACGAAACCUUCGACGUUUUGGAGCUAGCAGAGCUAGAAAAACAUAUUCCCACACUAUCUUUGAUACUCUUGACUCAUGCCACGAUUUCCCAUAUCGGCGCUUUUGCGCAUUGCUGCAAGACGUUCCCGCUAUUCACACAGAUUCCAGUCUAUGCUACAGGCCCGGUUAUCUCGCUCGGCCGAACGCUUCUGCAGGAUAUGUAUACAUCGGCGCCGCUCGCUGCUACUUUCCUACCUAAAGUAUCAAUAUCGGAGCCGGGGGCAUCCACAUCUGCGGCAUCAGCAGCGGCCGCAACAGUGUCUACAGAAGGAGAUGGAAGAAGCAGCAGUAUGCUCGCUACAACAGGGAGAAUUCUACUUCAGCCACCAAGCGCCGAGGAAAUUGCUCGAUAUUUUUCGCUAAUCCAUCCGCUCAAAUAUUCACAACCUCAUUCCCCUCUUUGCUCGCCCUUUUCUCCUCCGCUUGAUGGUUUGACCUUGACCGCAUACAGUGCUGGACACACAGUGGGAGGGACAAUAUGGCACAUUCAGCAUGGUAUGGAAUCUAUCGUCUACGCCGUUGAUUGGAAUCAAGCGAGGGAGAAUGUUGUCGCCGGCGCUGCUUGGUUUGGAGGUUCUGGCACCAGUGGUACUGAGGUCAUCGAACAAUUGCGCAAGCCUACCGCAUUGAUCUGUAGUAGCAAAGGCGGCGAUAAAUUUGCACCUCCUGGUGGUUUACAAAAAAGAGACGCUUUAUUAUUUGAUAUGAUUCGCAGUAGCCUGGCAAAAGGUGGCUCUGUUUUGAUACCUACGGAUACUAGUGCGCGAGUAUUAGAACUAUCAUACGCACUUGAACAUGCAUGGCGGGAUGCAGCGGAUUCUUCAAAUGGCGAAGAUGUGUUCAAAAAGGCUGAGAUAUAUCUGGCUGGGAAAAAAGCGCACAGCACCAUGCGCCUGGCUAGGAGUAUGUUGGAAUGGAUGGAUGAAGGUAUAGUCAGAGAGUUCGAAGCCGUAGAGGGCGGAGAUGCAGCGGCGGCUCGUGGCCAUAAAAGAACCGACAGUCAGAGUCGCACUACAGGUUCUUCACGGGAUAACAAGGCAACAAAAUUGGGUCCCUUCACCCUGAAGCACCUGAAGAUCGUCGAGCAAAAAAGGAAAUUGGAAAAGAUUCUCGGGGAUGGUAUCCCGAAAGUGAUCAUUGCCUCAGAUACUUCAUUAGACUGGGGCUAUUCGAAAGAGACAUUCCGCACUCUUGCAGAGGACUCACAAAACUUGAUAAUCCUGACCGAGACUCUUCCGAGCCGCUAUCAGACUGAUGACCCAGAGCAGCCCGAUAAGAUGACUCUGGGGCGAAUGAUAUGGCACUGGUAUGAAGAGCGAAAGGAUGGGGUGGCUAUGGAGACAGCUUCCAGUGGAGAGUUGCUUGAGCAGAUACACUCAGGUGGGCGAGAAAUCACGCUCGUCGAUGUAGAGCGUGCCGCUCUUGAUCCGGAUGAGCAAGUACUUUAUCAACAAUAUCUUGCAACACAAAGGCAGAUACAAAACACCUCACAAGCGCGAGGCGAUGCGAAUAUGGACAAUGCAGCCGACGCUCUGGAUGAUGGUGCUAGUUCAACUUCAUCUGAGGACUCUGACUCUGAGCAGCAAGGAAGGAUCCUCAAUUUCUCGACAUCAUUAGCACAUUCCAACAGAAACAAAAUCGGGUUAAGAGACGAAGACCUAGGCGUUAACAUCCUUCUACGACGUAAGAAUGUGUUUGAUUACGACGUUCGCGGCAAGAAAGGACGUGAGCGAAUGUUUCCUUAUGUCGCUCCCAAGAAACGUGGGGAUGAAUACGGUGAAUUUAUCCGUCCUGAGGAGUAUCUGAGGGCAGAAGAGCGUGAAGAAGUAGAUGCGCAACAGCGAGAUUCAGGACCACAAAGCGAGAUGAAGCUUGGGCAGAAGCGGAGAUGGGACGAAACAGGGCCGAAUGGCCGACGACUAUCUGGUGGAGCACACAAGCGUCAAGCGGUGUCUCCAGAUGGAGUCCUAGGAGGCGAUGUGGGAGAUCUCGGCGCACGUGGUGAACUAGCGGCAAGUAGCGAGGACCUAGAAUCUGAAUCCGAGAACGAAGUGAACGAACAGCCAUUCGAAGGACCAGCUAAAACUGUGUAUAAACAUUCCACUGUCACUGUCAAUGCGCGUAUCGCAUUCGUUGACUACAUGGGUUUGCAUGACAAGCGAAGUCUCGAGAUGCUGAUCCCCCUGAUUCAACCGCGCAAGCUUAUCCUUGUGGGUGGAAUGAAAGAAGAAACGACAAACCUUGCAGAUGAAUGUCGGAAUUUGCUUGCCGGGAAAGAUGCAGGAGACCGAUCUGCUGUGGUUGACAUUUUCACACCUAGAAAUGGCGAGUCGGUUGAUGCCAGUGUGGAUACUAAUGCCUGGGUAGUGAAACUUAGUAACAACCUGGUCAGACGACUCAAGUGGCAGCAUGUGAGAAGUCUUGGUGUUGUAGCUCUGACUGCUCAGCUCAAGCCGCCGGAGACAGUGCAAAAAGAGGAUGAGGCCAUCGAGUCAAUCAGCAAGAAACAGAAGCUCCUAGAAACUGAGCCGGAUACCGUCUUAGCCCCUGUGGACGGAGCAAAUGCGUCGUCAUUAUCGAAACCAGAUACAUAUCCUAUACUAGACGUGCUUCCAGCCAGUAUCGCGGCAGGAACGCGCUCGAUGGCUCGCCCGCUCCAUGUAGGCGAUCUUCGACUUGCCGACUUGAGGAAACUUAUGAUAUCUGCGGGACACAAAGCAGAGUUUCGCGGCGAGGGAACCUUGCUUAUCGACGGUACGGUAGCGGUCCGCAAGUCGAGUACGGGCACUAUCGAAGUUGAGGCUCCAGUACAGUCCUCUUCCUCAGAUCGCAGAGGUGUUUCUGGAAGUUUCCUUGCUGUGAAACGCAAAAUCUAUGAAGGUCUUGCGGUUGUUGGUGGUGGCUGAUUAUGUAUCGUAAUGAUUGUAUUAUACCAUAUAAAAUCUAUCACACGAACUUACGAACCGGAAGCAGAGGAAUUCCCAUCAAGUUUCUCUUCUGCACAUUAGACGAUUAUGAGGGGUUCCAGGGCGACGUAUCAUCGUCCGCACCAGCACGAAGUCACAAGCUUACCUGAGAGACUAGACGAACCCAUUGAGUCAAUUAU